AAUGGAUUUCCCCUACAAAGCGGGGAAAACAAUGGCGAAACUUCGGCUCAAAUAUUUAAGUAAUUCGAAGUUUUGCUAACGGUAGCCGCGAUGAACGGGCAUAUACGCUUGGAGCAUAAUCUCCCCGAACCAAAUGCACUUACUUUAAGAAAUGGAAUACAAAAGAAUGUUCCGAAAGGCGAUACGAUGAAAAAUGGCUAUCGUGUUCAACGUGAUGAUGAAGACACUCGGAAAAGACCAGUUCACAACGAGGAAUUUGAACCGACGCCCCUGCUGAUCGCCGUGCUAACGUACAUAUCCUAUGCAAUACUUAUUAUUUUUGGCUACAUGCGAGACUUGAUGCGUUUUUACCGGCUUGAAAAAUCAAGAGCUUACAAGGAACUUGGAAAUGAGGGUUUUGUCCCACUAUAUGCAAGCUUUGAGAGCUUUUACACAAGAAAUCUGUACAGACGUUCAAAUGACUGUUUUAAUCGACCAAUAUGCAGUUUACCAGGGGCGGAAAUUGACCUUAUGGAAAGACACAGCGACGACUAUAACUGGACGUACAGGUUUACAGGAAAUAGCACAAAGGCUUUGAACCUAGGAUCAUAUAACUAUCUUGGUUUUGCCGCAAACUCUGGUCCAUGUACAGAUGCCUCAGAGCUAGCCAUAAGGGAACAUGGUCUUGCAACAUGCAGCACCAGACAUGAAUAUGGUACCAUGGACAUUCACGUUGAGCUUGAGCAACUUGUGGCAAGAUUUAUUGGCAAAGAAGCAGCGAUGGUGUUUGGCAUGGGUUUUGCUACAAACUCAACAAACCUCCCAACUUUGGUGGAUAAAAAGUGUUUGAUUGUCAGCGACGAGCUCAACCAUUCCUCGCUUAUUUUGGGUGCAAAACUGUCCGGAGCAAAGGUCCAAAUAUUCAGGCAUAAUGAUAUGGCACACCUUGAGAAAAUACUAAGAUCAGCUGUGAUCCAGGGACAACCUCGAACACACAAAGCAUGGAAAAAGAUUCUUAUCAUUGUUGAAGGGGUUUACAGCAUGGAAGGAUCAAUAGUAAAGCUCCCGGAAGUAAUUGCUUUAAAAAAGAAGUACAAAGCAUACCUUUACCUUGACGAAGCUCACAGCAUUGGUGCAAUGGGUCCCACUGGUAGAGGUGUCUCGGAGUACUUUGGUGUCAAUCCUGAUGAUAUUGACAUCAUGAUGGGAACGUUUACCAAGAGUUUUGGAUCAGUUGGAGGGUACAUUUCUGCCUCCAAGGAAAUAAUCAACCACAUUCGUUCCUCCUCGCACAGUGCUGCUUACGCUAGUUCAAUGUCUGCACCCUGUGCACAACAAAUUAUCUCUUCCAUGAAGAUCAUCAUGGGUGAAGAUGGUACAGAUGAGGGUCAAAGACGACUUCGUGCUUUGGCAAACAACAGCAAGUAUUUCCGAAAGGCAUUAAAAAAGGCAGGAUUCAUCAUUUACGGUCAUGAUGACUCAGUCAUAGUCCCGCUACUGCUAUAUCUUCCUGGAAAAACAACUGCAUUUAGUCGUGAGACUCUAAAAAGAGGAUUUGCAAGUGUUGUUGUUGGUUUUCCUGCAACAGGAAUUGUUGAGUCCCGAGCUAGAUUUUGUAUAUCGGCCGCUCACACCAGAGAACAAUUAGACAAAGCAAUUGCAGCGAUCAACGAAGUUGGUGACAUUCUCUGUGUAAAAUAUCUAGCCUAACGCGAAACAAGGUAAUUCAAUUUGAUUGGUUUUUUCCACCCAGCUGCCACCAUUGGGAACAAAAUAUGUGGCAUGACCAGCAAAACAAAUUAAAAAAAUAUGCAAUUUGAAAUGGAAUCAAGAUUAAACUAUGUUUUUUAAUUAUUAAAAAUCACUUAUCAGUGUUGUGAUAAAGAAUUUAUAUUAGUUAUACAAUGUUGUAGUUAGUUACAUUUUAAAAGACAAUCAAGUCCAUUUUGAACAAGCAACCAGGAAUGACUUCUUGGUCAUCAUAUAAACCAUGAUUUAUUCACAUUUGGACUUGACUGCUGUUUUAAAGCAAAAAAUAAAAUCAUACGAGUGAUGUAAACUAAAUUAACCCGUUUGCGAACUUUGAACUGUUAUUUCUAAUUACCAUUAAAAUGAAAUGACUAUCAUUUAAUGUAUACAUUUUGUAACAUUGUGGUGUUCUAAUUUAACUAAAUUAUAACAUUCUAUUGUGUUUCAUAUAUGUGCAAAUGUUAAAAUAUACUUUUUGUGUAUACGUACAAACUGUGAAUAAAUAGUGCGUUUUCUUGAUCUCAGUUUUGACUAAAAAGAUGCAACUAUAAGUUUGGGUAAUCUGAUCUUACCUGAAUAUUGCGCAAAUCCUAUAUAGCUAUAGGUAAAAAUCGCGAUAAAUGUAAUAGUAUUUACAAAUAUUCGAAUUAUUUU